ACAUAUAGGAGAUUUUGCUUUCUCUUUUUCUUUUUUUCCUUGCCUAAAACUUUACAAUCCUAGCACUUUUUUCAGUCAGAAUUCCAAAAAUGGAACCGCCGUACCCUAACCGGCAGAGAACCUACAUCGCCGGCGGCACUGGCGGCGGAGGAGGAUCGGUAGAAACGACAAGAGAAGGAUCAAAUCAAUUGCAAUCACAACACUCAGAUAAUGAUCGGAGUAGCAAUGAACUUCGAGCAUUGGAUUGUAACCUUACAUCCCUUUGUGAUCAUAUUCAAUUGGAAGGCUUUAACAAUGGCUUGUUUUCUGAUGUCAUUGUUCAAGCUAUGGCUUCUACUUAUCACCUUCAUCGCUUAAUCCUUUCCCGUAGUUCUUAUUUCAGGAAUAUGCUUCAGGGACCAUGGAAAGAAGCCAAAGCUCCAGUUUUGACCUUGACAGUGGAUGAUAGCAAUGUUAAUGGGGAGGCUAUUGCAAUAGCUUUAGCAUAUCUGUAUGGACACCAUCCUAAGCUUAAUGAUAAUAAUGCAUUCCGUGUUCUUGCUGCUGCAUCCUUUCUUGAUCUUCAGGAUUUGUGUGCAAUUUGCACAGACUUUAUCAUAUCCGAAUUGUGGACAUCAAAUUUCUUAACAUACCAGGUGUUUGCAGAAAGCCAAGAUUAUGGUUUACAUGGCGAACGAGUUAGAAAUGCUUGUUGGGGAUACUUAUGUCAAAGUGGUGCUAUAGAGUUGAGAGAGGUCCUUCCAAAACUUUCUGCUCCAACACUAAAUGCUCUACUGACCUCAGACGAGUUAUGGGUCCCUACCGAAAAGAAACGGUUUGAACUAGCUUUAGGUACACUUCUGGCAAAAAAUGCUCUUUGCAAGGCAGAACAUCUUGAAGAAGAAAGUCCUAGUUCUGGAGUUGGCACAAGUACAGUUUCUGAUAUUUCCAGAGAAGUGCCAAAUAAUUUAACUGAUGACAGAAGGGUGGAAUCUGAACUAGGACACCUAAACUUAAAAGAUGGAAUUGAUGGUUGUAACAACGCUCAAAAUAUCUUGGUUGAGCUUGCAGAUUGUAGUGUUGAUUCCCUCACUGAGGUGACUAACUCUAAACAAAAGAUGCAAGAAUCAGCUUGUCUUCAGUCAGACUCGGAGUCAAGAUAUCCAUGCAGCAGGGGACAUCCUUCAUCAAGUAACACGUUCUUAUACGCUGAUGAAGUCAGAUCUUCAUGUUCCUACAUUGAAAUGCCAAUUAUUGCUGGAGCUAGUGGAUCAGGGGGAAAUGGUAUGGCUGUGGAAGGACCAUCUGAAGAAGAUUCAUGCUAUCAAUUGAAUAACAACAGUUGGCUUUGUGGGGAUCAGAGGAACUUCUCAUCAAUGGGCUCAUCCUGUAAUCUGAUGAUCCCAAAUGAAUGGGAAAGAUGCAAUUUCACUCCUCUAUCUUGGGGUGGUAGAACUGUGGGCCGGAGAGAAGUCAAAACUUGCCUAAAUGCUCAUUCAGGAGUAAGUAGAGAAGAUUAUGAUGCCUUUGCCAGCAUAUUUGAGGGUGGCUCACUUUUAUAUUGUAACAUGUCAUUUGAUGCACUUCUUAGUGUGAGAAAGCAACUUGAAGAAAUGGGGUUUACUUGCAAAGCUGUGAAUGACGGGUUAUGGCUGCAGAUUCUCUUAAGCCAGCGGGUGCAGGAAAUUGGUGCUGAUACUUGCAAAAGUUGCUGCCUUGUGAGCAUGGCAUGUGCUUGUCGGCAGCCAUUUGGACAUUCACGUGGAGUCGCGGCUACUGGAUAUUACAUGCCAGAGCAUGAUCAGAGCAAUCAAGGAAAUAUGUAUGCUACUGACUCGCCUCAUAGGGAAGGAAGUGCCAUGUUUAGGCCUGUUCGGGUUCAUGUUAGGGGCCCCAAUGAUGGGCUAGCUGGUAUUGGGCGUGGGACUACAUUUGUGCCUGCAGUUGCUUGGCCUCCAACUCGUUUUGUUUUCUCUCGUGUACCACUUGGUAUGGGCAACCGGAACUGUCAGCAGUCUCCUGCCAAUGAUGACCCAGAAAAUAGAGCAGAACAGAGUGGGGAUCUUGCUGGAGAUGGACUAACUGCUUUGGUUGGGCUCAGCCAAGAAGGAAGCAAUAGUGCUAAUCUUCAUGUUGAACGGGUUGAUAGGGGAUAUGAGACAGAACUGCAAAGCAGAUUGGUAGGACCAUCAACUGCUGGCCCAAGUUCAAGCAGUAUUUCCCCCCAGAUGCUAGGCUCGUCUGAAGAUGCAAUGGGAAUAGAGUGGGAGAAUGGAAAUAAUUCUAUAUCAUUGGAUAUGAAAACACCUUUAAGUCACUUUCCUCCCUUUCGGUUUGGGGUUGAGUUUCACGAUGUUCUCAGGCUUAAUGAUGGCCAAGUCAAACACUCUCCAGAAUUUUUUUAUGCUGGUUCCUUAUGGAAGGUUAGUGUUCAGGCUUUCAGUGAUGAAGACCCUCAGGGACGCCGAACACUUGGGCUAUUUCUUCAUCGAAGGAAGGCAGAAAUAGCUGAUCCAGUUAGAAAGGUGCAUAUGUAUGUCGAUUCCCGUGAAAAGGUUACUGCGAGAUAUCAGUUGAUUUGUCCUUCAAAGAGAGAAGUGAUGGUGUUUGGAAGCUUCAAACAAACUGGAACUCUUCUCCCAAAAGCUCCCAAAGGAUGGGGCUGGCGCUCGGCCCUGUUGUUUGAUGAAGUAUCCGACCUUCUCCAAAAUGGAGCACUGCGCGUAGCAGCUGUUGUACAACUCAUUUGAUGGUUCUAAGAGUUAAAUGUAUAUAGGGAGAAAGUAGAUCAGAAAAAGGAGGCGUAAAAUCAACAAUGGAUUCUUGCUGCUAGGAAAGGCUCCUUGAGAGAAGCCAAGCUGAAAUCCCCAGAUUUAAUCGUCAUCUAAUGUACUAAGCUUUUGUUGGUUCCAUCAAUAACAUCCGAUCACCAGCAACAAUGCUUCUAGCCAUAUUCUGAACCAUAUCUAACAUGAUGCCUUGGGCUGCCUAAUUCUAUCACAAUACCAUCAAGUCUAGACAACUCAAAGAAUAUCUCUGGACUAACAAAAACACAAUCCGCCACUAUGUUAUUUCUUAAUCUCACCCCCAAAUCUUUACUACCAGUUCCGCUCUUACCAAUGACAACCUCUGCAGAGUGUCUUGCGAACUCUCCACUCCGACCCACCAAAAAUUGGCCUCAAAAGAUGACCCAACAAACAUAAUCAAACCAGAUUUGUGGCGCGAAGAAGAAGGGGGAAGGGAAGAGCUUUUCCAAAUCUGUGGCAUGAAGGAGAAGGGGGGAAGGACUACUCUUUUUAUUUUCCAAAGGCGGCUCUGUUCUGGAUGAAACAGAGAAGGGGGAAAGGGCAAGGGAAGGGCUGUCCUCUUAAAUUUUUAGAUAUGGUAUAUUUUGUAAUUUUGUACUUACAUUUUGUAAAUAAAAAAAAAUAUCCCUAUGUUUUGUAAUAUAGAGUAUUAACUAGUAUUAUUAAGUCAUUUUCCCAAUAGAGUAAA